AUGACGCAGCAAAUUUUAUAUUUUCCCCCAGCAAUGUCUGUUUUCUGUUCCUCCUCAUCAAAUUAUUCUUUUAUCUACUGCAGUUCUGAUGCAAAAGAACUGAAAAAAAAUCACCAGGCUAAUAAAUUGAAAAGUAGAUACUCCGCCAAGAUUUUUUACUUUUUUCAAAUUUUCUUUCAUUUCUUCUUCUUCUUCUUCUUUUUCUUCUUCUUCUUCUUCUUCUUCUUCUUCUUCUUUUUGUCUUUUGUAUCCUCCUUUUCUUCUUCUUCUUCUUCUUCUUCUUCUUCUUCUUCUUCUUCUUCUUCUUCCUUCUACUCCUCCUUCUUUCAAUCUUCUUUCCCUUUCCUCCUCUUUUCUCUUCCCUCCUUAUUUCUUCUUCUUUCUACAUUUUAUAUUCCCUCUUCUUUCGUUUCCUUUUUUCUUCAUCUUUCUAUUCGUUUCUCCCUCUCUUUCUUUUUCUUCUUCUUCUUCUUCUUAUUCAUUUUCUUUCCGUUUUCUUCCCUUAUUUUUUUCUCCUUCUUUUCUUCUUAUUCCUAUUCAUUUUUCUUUCCUUCUUUCUUUUUCUUCUUUACCUGUUUUCUAAUCACAACAACACAAAUACUUUAUAACUUUCUUUUCUCUCGCUAUCAUGUCUAUAAAAAAUGUUCUUUUUUUCUCUCUCUCUCUCUCUCUCUCUCUCUCUCUCUCUUUCUCACUCACUCUCUAUGGUUUCAUUCUCUCUCGCUCACUUUCUCUCACUCUCUAUUUUUCCCUUUGUUUCUCUUUGUCACUCACUCUCCCUGCCUCCCUCUCCCCUCUCUCUCAUUCUCUCCUCCGUUUUUAUCUCUUUCUCACUCACUCUCACUACCCACCUCUCCCCUCUCUCUCUCUCUCUCUCUCAUUCUCUCUCACUCCCUUUCCCUACUCCUCUCUCUCUCGCCUCUCUCUCAUUCUCUUUCUAACUUUCUAUCUCUUUCUCAAACACUCUUCCCUACCUCCCUCUCCGUCACCUCUCUCAUUCUCUCUUUCUUUCUCUUUCUCACACUCACUACCUACUUCUCCCCCCCUCUCUAUCAUUCUCUCUUUUCUAUCUCUUUCUCACUUUCUUUCCUUAACUACCUCUCCCCUCUCUCUCAUUCACCUUUUCUCCUUUUCUAUCUCUUUUUCAAUCACUCUCCCUACCUACCCCUCUCUACCGUUUCUUACUCUCUCUUUCACUCGCUUUCUCUCUUUCAUUCUCCGUUUCUAUUCCUUUCCACCUCUCUCUCUCUCUCUCUCUUUCUCACUCACUCUCUAUCUCUCUCAUGGUUUCAUUCUCUCACGCUCACUUUCUCUCACUCUCUAUUUUUCCCUUUGUUUCUCUUUGUCACCCACUCUCCCUGCCUCCCUCUCCUCUCUCUCUCUCAUUCUCUCCUUCUCCGUUUUUAUCUCUUUCUCACCCCUUCUCCGUUUUCUCUCUCUCUCUCUCUCUCUCUCUCUCUCUCUCUCUCUCUCUCUCUCUCACAAUUUCUUUCCCGACAUCCAUUCUUUCCUACCCAUCCAUCCAUCCAUGCAUCUAUCUAUCUAUCUAUCUAUCUAUCUAUCUAUCUAUCUAUCUAUCUAUCAUAUAGACAUGUCUUUUUCCUUCCUUCCUCCCUUCCUUCCUUCCUUUCUAUCUAUCUGUCUGUCUCGGGCCGUUCAUUAUCUAUCUAUCAAUCUAUCUAUCUAUUUGUCCCUAUCGAGCUAGUUAUCUAUUCCAGUCUACUUCUAUCUAUCUAUCUAUCUAUCUAUCUAUCUAUCUAUCUAUCUAUCUAUCUAUCUAUCUAUCUAUCUGUCUGUCUUUUUCCUUCCUUCCUUUCUAUCUAUCUGUCUGUCUAUCUCAGGCCGUUCAUUAUCUAUCUAUCUAUCAAUUUAUCUAUUUGUCCCUAUCUAGCUAGUUAUCUAUUCCAGUCUACUUCUAUCUAUCUAUCUAUCUAUCUAUUUAUCUAUCUGUCUGUCUGUCUGUCUUUUUCCUUCCUUCCUUUCUAUCUAUCUGUCUGUCUAUCUCAGGCCGUUCAUUAUCUAUCUAUCUAUCUAUCUAUCUAUCUAUCUAUCUAUCUAUCUAUCUAUCUAUCUUUAUCUAUUUAUCUAUCUAUCCCAGUCUACUUCUAUCUAUCUAUCUAUCUAUCUAUCUAUCUAUCUAUCUAUCAUAUAGAUAUGUUUUUCCUGCCUUCUUUCCUUCCUUCCUUCCUUCCUAUCUAUCUACCAUAUAUGUCAUUUUCCUUCCUUCCUAUCAAUCUAUUUAUCUAUCUGACUGUCUAUCUAUCUAUCUAUCUAUCAUAUAGACAUGUCUUAUUCCUUCCUUCCUUCCUUUCUAUCUAUCUGUCUAUAUCUCUUUUUCUUUCCUCCCUUCCUUCCUUCCUUCCUUCCUUCCUUCCUUCCUUUUUCCUUCCUAUCUAUCUGCUUGUCUCGGGCCAUUCAUUAUCUAUCUAUCAAUCUAUCUAUCUAUUUGUCCCUAUCUAUCUAUCUAUCUAUCUAUCUAUCUAUCUAUCUAUCUAUCUAUCUAUCUAUCUAUCAUAUAGAUGUUUUUCCUGCCUUCCUUCUUUCCUAUCUAUCUACCAUAUUAAUAUAAAUAUGUAUUUCUUCCAUCGUUCCUUCCUAUCUAUCUAUCUAUCUCCGUUCGUUAUCUAUCUAUCUAUCUAUCUAUCUAUCUAUCUAUCUAUCUAUCAUAUAGACAUGUCUUUUUCCUUCUUCCUCCCUUUCUAUCUAUCUGUCUGUCUAUCUCAGGCCGUUUAUUAUCUAUCAAUCUAUCAAUUUAUCUAUUUGUCCCUAUCUAUCUAUCUAUCUAUCUAUCUAUCUAUCUAUCUAUCAUAUAGGCAUCUCUUUUUCUUUCCUUUUGCCAAGUCACGCUCUUCCGUCCGGCUCUUCCGUCUCUCCUGUAGCACCGCGGCCCGUAAUGGUCGCCUGCGGGUGCUCACGCACGUGACGACGAUGUGCCGACCGAUCGCGGUCUCUCCCGUCUCUUUCUUCCGUCUGCACUCGACGGCAGACCAGCCAACCACUCUGUCAACAGAUUUCUGGGCGCGUUUAUAUAGAUAA